GACCUCCCGUAUGGUCUAGCCCACCGAAAACGGAGGCUCUCUGUCACAAUUCUUACAAGCGGCUCUCUGGUUUCCGCCCCAAAAAACCGAGAUUUUAUCGCCCCACCGCUGAUAACUCCAUUUUCUCUAUCGGCAGUUUCUAGGGUUUCGUUUUGGCAAUUUGAUCUUCACAUCUUCUACUCUUCCUUAACCAGGUGCGGAGACAAAGGAUUGAUAUGAAUGCGGGGGUUUUGAAUUUUUUUGUGCUUUAUUUUCGUGAACAUGACUUGUAAUUCUCAGUAGAACGUUUGUUUUUUUAUCAAUUCAGUUCCGGCCAAUUUAGGUUUUCUUUGGUGAAAUUUCAGUGUUUCGUUUUCUAGGAAUAAUUCUGCUGAGUUGAUUGGUUGAUAAGUGAGGAGGUUGGAUUUGAAUUCAUUUGUUGUACGGCAGAUUUUGUUGUGGUGUUGUUUGGGGUGAUAUAUGCUCUGGGUUAGUUGAAAUGAGUGUUGUGGGGUUUGAUAUUGGAAAUGAGAAUUGUGUGAUCAGUGUUGUGAAGCAGCGAGGGAUAGAUGUUUUGUUGAAUGAUGAAUCAAAACGUGAAACCCCAUCAGUGGUAUGUUUCGGGGAGAAGCAGCGAAUUUUGGGGUCUGCCGGAGCUGCUUCAGCUACCAUGAACCCUAGAUCCACAAUCUUUCAGGUGAAGAGACUGAUUGGUCUGAAUUUUUCGGAACCACACAUUAAGGAUGAGUUAAAGAUGUUUCCUUUUGAGACUUCUGAAGGCCCAGAUGGUGGCAUUUUGAUACAUUUGCAAUACUUGGGUGAGCGGCAUACCUUUACACCAGUUCAGAUAUUGGCAAUGCUUUUUGCGCAUCUGAAAGAUAUAACAGAGAAAAAUUUAGAAUUUCCCAUAUUGGAUUGUGUGAUUGGAAUUCCAUCAUACUUCACAGACUUGCAGAGACGUGCUUAUUUAUAUGCUGCGGAAAUUGCUGGAUUGAAGCCUUUGAGACUGCUACAUGACUGUACUGCUACUGCUUUAGGUUAUGGGAUUUACAAAACAGACUUCUCCAGUGCAGGUCCAACUUAUAUUGUUUUUGUUGAUAUUGGCCAUUGUGAUACCCAGGUUUCUAUUGCAUCCUUUGAGGCUGGCUAUAUGAAGAUACUUUCACAUGCUUAUGACAGAAGUUUGGGAAGCAGAGACUUUGACGAGGUUUUGUUUAAAUAUUUUGCAGCACAAUUUAAGGAGCAAUACAACAUUGAUGUGUAUUCUAAUGUCAGGGCAUCUGUUAGACUACGAGUGGCAUGUGAGAAGUUGAAGAAGGUUUUGAGUGCAAAUGCAGAAGCACCUCUCAAUAUUGAGUGUUUGAUGGAUGAGAAAGACGUUAAGGGUUUUAUUAAAAGGGAGGAAUUUGAGAAUCUGGCUUCAGGAUUAUUUGAGAGGAUUCGUGUUCCUUGUAAUCAAGCUCUAUCUGAUGCAAGGUUGACUGUGGACAAGAUCCAUGCUGUUGAGCUUGUCGGAUCAGGGUCUAGGAUCCCGGCUAUUUCUAGACUGCUAGCUUCUUUAUUCCGGAGAGAACCCAGAAGAACGCUGAAUGUAAGUGAAUGUGUGGCACGUGGAUGUGCUCUUCAGUGUGCUAUGCUUAGUCCUAUUUUCCGGGUCAGAGAUUACGAGGUUCAAGAUUCUUUGCCUUUCUCUAUAGGAUUCUCAUCAGAUGAAGUCCCAAUUUGCACGAUGACAAAUAGCAUACUGUUUCCAAAAGGCCAACCCAUUCCAAGUGCUAAAAUUCUGACAUUUCAACGAAGUAGUCUGUUCCACUUGGAAGCAUUCUAUGCCAAUCCAAAUGAAUUGCCUGCUGGCAUGCCUUCAAAAAUUGGUUGUUUUACGAUCGGGCCUUUUCAAGCUUCUCAUGGUGCUAAGGUAAAGGUUAAAGUUCAUUUAAACAUCCAUGGGAUUGUCACUGUUGAGUCAGCCUCGUUGAUAGAAGAUCAUGAAGAUGAUUCAGUUACUAGGGAUCAUGCACAAUUGAACUCGGACAAAAUGGAGGCUGAGUCUGUUUCUGGUUCUGGUUCUUCUGUGGCAGUGGAAAAUGGUGUUGAGGAUGGUACCUCUACUCAGUCAAAAUCUUCACAGACCACUUCUGCUGGUGGUGUGAGAAAGCAUAAAUCAACUAGGAGGCAUGAGAUACCAGUAAGUGAGAACAUAUAUGGGGGAAUGACUGAGGCUGAGCUUUCGGAAGCACAAGAGAAAGAAAUUCAGCUGACACAACAGGACAGAACUGUGGAGCAGACCAAAGAGAAGAAGAAUGCCUUGGAGUCUUACGUCUACGACAUGCGGAAUAAGCUUUUCCACACCUAUCGGAGCUUUGCAAGCGAUCAAGAGAGAGAGGGCAUCUCCAGAAGCCUACAGCAGACAGAGGACUGGCUUUACGAGGAUGGUGAUGAUGAAACUGAAAAUGCUUAUAGCUCUAGACUGGAGGAUCUUAAGAUGCUGGUGGAUCCUAUUGAGAAUCGAUAUAAAGAUGAAGAGGCAAGGGCACAGGCUACAAGGGAUCUGUUGAACUGUAUUGUGGAACAUCGGAUGUCUGUGGGCUCACUCCCACCUAACGACGGAGAGCAAAUCCUUAAUGAAUGCAACAAAGCUGAGCAGUGGCUGAGAGAGAGAACCCAGCAACAAGAGUCAUUGUCUAAGAACACUGACCCAGUACUGUGGUCAAGCGAUAUCAAGAAGAUGACUGAGGAUUUGGACUUGAAAUGCAAAAAUAUACUGGGUUCCAGGACUUCUCCAAAUGCAGAGGACCACAAGGGCACAGGCCCAUGAGUAACUCAUAAUCAGAACAUGGAAUGGAUUAAUGCAGUGUUGUUUGAAGCUUAGGUCCUCUUUUCGAUUUUGACAACUGUACAUUUUUUCUUUACUUUUCUUUAUUGGAUUUCCCCCCAUUGUUUUGGGGGGUUUGGAAGUUAACCCAGUUGAGACAAAUUUUCAUUCACUAAAUCUAGGUAUGAGGUUUUGAGCUAGUUUUGUAUAACUGGUCAUCAUGCAGUGAUGUUUUUGAUGGUUUUGUAAUUCAUGAUCUUGCUCCUGCAGUAAUUUGGAAACCCUUUUUGGUAUAGUACA